AUGUCGGCAUCUCAUAGCCAUCCUCAGAAAAUUGGGCCCUGGAAACUCGGAAAGACCUUGGGUCGCGGCGCUACAGGCCGUGUGCUCUUGGGUGUCCACCAACAAACUGGCCAGAAGGCCGCCGUCAAGGUUGUCCUGAAACUGGAACUCAAUGAAGAUUAUGACAGACCCCAGGACAGAAAGGGCGGCCUCCCUUACGGCAUCGAGCGUGAAAUCAUCAUCAUGAAACUCUUAACACACCCAAAUGUCUUGCGCUUGUACGACGUCUGGGAAACUUCCAAGGCUUUGUACUUAGUGUUGGAAUAUGUCGAAGGAGGUGAGCUUUUCGAUUUGUUGGUCGAAAGGGGCCCUUUGCAGGAACAGGAGGCAAUCAAAUACUUUCGUCAGAUCAUAUUAGGUACCGCAUACUGCCAUGCAUUGGGUAUCUGCCACCGUGACUUGAAGCCCGAGAACUUGUUGCUUGACGCUUCGCUUAAUGUCAAGCUUGCUGAUUUUGGCAUGGCUGCAUUGGAGAGUAACGGCAAAUUGCUUGAAACUUCAUGUGGAUCUCCCCACUACGCUGCCCCAGAAAUCGUUUCUGGAUUGAAAUACCACGGUGCUGCUUCCGACGUUUGGUCUUGUGGUGUCAUUCUCUUCGCCUUGCUCACAGGUAGACUUCCCUUUGAUGAUGAAAACAUCCGUAACCUCUUGUUGAAGGUGCAAGCUGGCUCCUUCGAUAUGCCUGAGGAAAUCAGCGACGAGGCCCUGGACUUAAUCUGGCAAAUGUUGACCGUUGACCCAAUGCAGAGAAUUUCCACCGCUGAGGUUUUGAACCAUCCAUUGCUUAAUAAGUAUCCUAUUCCUAAUGAGGAUCUCAUAAGUGUCAAAUCUUUGCCUCAUCCUGAAACUGCCUACAAGUCUUUGGGCUCCGUCAAGAACAUUGACAAGCAGAUCUUGCAGAACUUGUCCACUUUAUGGCAUGACAGACCGGAAAACGAAAUCGUCACAUGUCUUUUAAAGGAGGGCCCCAAUGCUGAGAAGACGUUCUACGCUUUGUUACUCAGAUAUAGACACACCCAAGAUGAGGCACAGGCAACAAUUCCAGGCUCUCCCAACAAGCGUAUUCCAAGAUCGACUCUGAGUCUUUCCAACAGAGCUACUCCCAGAGGUAACCGGGUCAGUCAAAUCAGUGCUUCGAACUCCAGAACACGUCCUGUGUCUUUCCAGCGUCGUUACGGUGCCAGAAAUUCAGUCGUUGGAGGCAGAACGUCAGCAGCUUCUAGCGUGAACAAUUCCCCCUUCAAAUCACCAAGAGGUAGUCAUCUCGCCAGCAGAUCUCCAUCCAAGUCUCCGAAAAAGCACCACAGUUAUCAGGUACCACCUGGGCCACUUCCGAGAAACAUUUACAAUGAGAUAAUGUCAGUGAAUGCUCCACACACCAACUCGGUCGGUUCUCUUCCACCAACUUUACCAUCUAAAGACUCUAUUUAUGCUCACACCGAGAGCACACCAGCUACAACGACGGCCGAGAGAAUGGAAAAAUUCGCCCCUGCUUUGGAGGCUGCUCCUAAGUUGGCCCCCGCACAGACAGUAUCUACGAACAAGAGGAACUCAGUGAUCAAAAAUUCAGGAUCCAGAGUGAGCCGUCGGAAGUCUAUUCGCCAGUCGUUAACAACAGGAUUGAAACGUAAUUCAAUUACAGUGAAAUUGCUUUCCACGUAUGCCAAAUUGUCGAACGAAUCUGAUUGGGAGUACAUGGAUAAGCAAACAAAGAGAACAUCUGCAACAUUUGCCACAUUGUGUGAUAAAAUCUUUAACCAAGAAGAGUAUGACAAGGACGACGAGAUGCUCAUUGACGAGGAAGAGAAGAGGGCCAAGGAGUACGAGAAACUCAUGGAGAUUGAGCGCAAGAAGCACGAAGCAGAGCUCAAGGCCAGACGUGAGUUGGCUAAGCAAAAAAGAAGGCUGAAGAGACGCUCUCUUCUCUCAACAAAGAAGUUGCACAUCACUGUCACUGAGGAUAAAGGUGGCGAAAAUAAUAGUGAAAAUGAUAUAGUGCCCGAGAAUACCAUCCAGCAGCCAAAGAGACAGUCCAAAGCACCCCCGGCUUUACGCUCCAUCUCUGAGGGUAAUGGAGCGGAGAACAGUGACGAAUUGACUUCUGCUGAUCUCGAAGUUAUCAAGAGACGCUCGGCUACCCAGCCAAUUCCGAAAAGAAGACUUACACCUAUUUUGUCGAGGCGCCCAGUUUCUCGUUUGGACCCCUUAUGGACCGCCUUCGAGAACGAGGAGCUUGAUAGAGCUCAAGAUGCAUUACAGGAAGAGUUCAAGGAUUUACAAAAGAGCAGAAAGAAGGCUAACCGUGAAUCGAUGAUUUCCGUCUUGAAUGACGACGAGAUUGACCGGCUUUCGAAAAAUUCUGACUAUGAUACCCACCACCAAUUCAAGCUCCCCGAGCACGAGAAAGAAGAUCUUGAUUUGAGCGCCGAAUAUAUGUCUGAGAUCAGGAAGUCUAAACUUCUUAAUUCUCAGCUUAAUAUUCAUGGUCAUCUAAAAGACACUGAAGCUGGAACGAGAAAUAGCUCCAGUGCGAAGAAGGCCGAAGAACGCAAGACUCUUAUUGGCAGCGUAAAUAUUCCUAAGGUUACAAGAAAGUCAAGCCACUUCUCAGCAUCGAACAAAAGGUUGUCAAUCCUCACGAUCAGAUCCACAAAGGAGUCAUACCACGAUUUGAACAGUAUUUUGGAUGCUCAUAAUGAGGACUUGAAAGAUGAAGAUUUUGUUGAGGAAGAGCAGUUGGCCAGUGGAAUGCCUCGUUUGAGAACCAGUUUCGCUGACAGGUUGGACCAAGCCAAUCUUAUUGAUGAAAUUGAAGAAGAACCGUUGGACUCUGGUUCCAUCAUGGACUUUGACGAACACUUGGCCAAGAAGCGUUCUUCCUACUACGCUGGCGCCAGACCAAAACGUGACUCAAUGCUUUCUCCAGUUGUCAGGACAGGAGAAUUGGAUGAUGAUGAAGUAACGUUGAAGGGUCAAAGAAACAGUGGCGACAAAGAAGCAGAUUACACCUUUAAUGAUGAAGAAAUGAAGCCAUUGCUGUCGAAGCAAGAUGUAUUCGACAACAUCAAGUUGCCUGAGAAGGAGAUCAACAAGACUAAGCGUGUUACUAGCUCUCAACCACCAGCUUCUAGUAUGCUACUACCAGACUUGAAUAAGGUAGGUCAGCAGAAGGACGUUCCAAGAACGAAACCUUAUGGCCAGAUUAGCAAGGAGAAGGAACAACGGCUGUCAGCUAAGAAUGGCAAGCAGCCAUUGUUGGACUCUACGAACUUGAAGACGAAUGCUCAGGAGCCCACUCAAAAGCGUAAUAAGUCGUUCUUCCGCAAAUUAUCAUGGGGUUCGAAGAAAUCUUUGGAAGAUGAGCCUCGGCAAUUGCCUUCCCCCGCCGAUUCCAGAGCCAAUUCUGUUGAGGAAAAGAAGGGAGGCUCGUUUCUCAGGUGGUUCUCAGGUUCACACUCUUCACCAAGUGACGUCAAAAGAUACAAAACAAUUUUACCUAAGCAUGAGAUGAUGACAGCGUUAUUUGCAUUGUUGAACUCGUGGUCUAAUUUUGGAUUGAAGAACUUGCGUAGAGAUAAUGUGGGCUUCAACAUCACAGGAGCUAUUUCGAGCAACAACUCGUUCAACAUGAAGAGUUGCAAGUUCAGAAUAAAAAUUAACCAGAGAGAUAAUGACCAAAAGUCAGAAUUGAUCUGUGCCAACAUCAAGGGUUCCCUGGCAACUGCCGACAUCUUGUUCAAGGAGAUCCAGAGAGUGUUGGAGAAGGAAGGUGUUUUGGACAAUUAG